AUGCCUGAUGUUAAACGUCUUUUCCCAGGCGGGAGAGAGAAAGAGGAGGAGAGGAUCGCUCUUCUGGAUGCAGAACCGGGACCCAGCUUCACAUAUGCACAAGGCCCCUCCAACUUUCCGGCGCUAGGCGAGAGCUCCAAAGCAGGUUACGGGACUAUCGAGAGAGAUGAAGCGGAAAAAGAGAAGAAGUCAGGUGCAAACGCAGAAGACGGCGGCUGGGAUCCAGAGAUGAAGAAGGUGCUGCUGGUGGCUGCGCUGGCUCUGGCGCUCUUCCCGCUGGUCAUGGGCCUGGCGUGGCUGCUGCCCUACGCGCUGGACGUGCACUUCCGCCACGCCGCCGUCGUCGCCGACGCUCCGGGCUGCGCCCACGCUGGGAGGUUAAUACUAUCUAAAGGCGGUUCGGCGGUGGACUCUGCCGUGACCACAAUGUUGUGCCAGGCUGUGGUCCACCCACACAUUACCGGCCUGGGCGGUGGCUUCGUAAUGCUCAUAUACACCGCAAAAACCAAAAAGGUCGAGACUCUCAACGCACUGCCAGCAGUUCCAAGUGGAUUUUAUAACUCCAGUUUACAACUUGGGAGACGCAGUAAAAGAGGGAAGAAACAUAGCGUGCCAAAGCGGGCAACAGGAAUCAAAGACAUCGAGCAAGAUGUUUUAUUUCUAAAGGUUUUAGAAUUCUUUGGUGGAGCCGAGUACCCCACAGCAGUGACGCUGCUCAGUGUUAUGCGUGAAAGCACUGGGUUUGAAGUAAGUGCAAGAUCUACAUCUACAUCUACAUCUACAUGA